AUUCACAUUUGGAGCAUAUUUGCUGAAAACGCUUUUGAUGAGUAGGAAAUUCAGGGGAAAUUAGCAAGGGAAAUUAGUGUAGUAUUGGAAUAAUUAAAUGUGUGGAGUACUGCCUUCGUAUUAGAGUUUGUGUUGGUGUUGAGUCAGUUGGCCGGAUCAUUUUUAUGAUGUCUGAUGAGGAAGUGAUCCGGCGACGGUUAAUGAUAGAUGGAGAUGGCACCGGGGAUGACAGGCGACUUAAUAUGUUCUUGAAGAACCUCACUAAAUGGGCCAUGUCAGAUGAUGUGUCCGGUGCAGAUGGCUCACUUACUCACGAGCGGCUGAUGUAUCAGCUGAGCCAGUGCGAAUUCUCGAUAGCCAAGUCCCAGCUCUGCUGCCGCAUGAACGAGACAGAGCUGAAGAACUACGAGACCCUCUACAAGCAGAUCGACUCCAGCACAGAGGCCGUCAAAGCUGAAAUCGUCAAGGCCAAAGAGGAGCUGAACGCUGCCAAACAGAUCCGUCAGAACCGUAUGGAGUACGACGCGCUGGCCAAGGUGAUCGCUCAGCAGCCGGACCGUCAGCAGACAGAGGCCCGUCUCGCUCAGCUGCGCGCCGAUCUGGAGUCCCUGCAGAGCACACAGGGCGAGCUGGAUGACAAGCUGGAGAUGCGCCGCAAGCAGUUCCACGUGCUCAUCAGCUCGAUCCACCAGCUGCAGCAGCUGCUGGACGAGGAGCCCUCGGAGGAGGCCGCCGAGACGGCCGGCACCGCCGCCGGCAGCCCCAUGGACGCCUCCUGAGUCCCAGCCGGGCCCACCGGGACGGCGCCCAGACCGUCCCGACCAGUAACGAUCGCGUCAACUCAUUCGUUUGUAAUGUACCGCCGCUUGUCAAUGCGUUCAUGUGUAAAUACAUUCAGAUAGUUUCUGAA